AUGGAUUAAGCUAUUCUAAUUAAUAUUGAAAAUGAAGAUAAUAAAUAAUAUGAAACUGAACUAUCUAUAUAAAUCAAACAAGAAAAAUAGGAAUAAUAAAAUUCAAAUUAAAUUUGUAAUUUGUGCAAUGAAUAAAAUUUACAUUUCUUUAAUUACUCUACUAUUGAAAGAGAACUAAGUAUUUGUUAGGUUUGUAGUGAUAACAUUCAUUCUUUUUAAAUAAUUAAUAAAGAGGGAUAGGAAAAGUUUAAGGAUUGUAAAUUUAGUAAUGAAAUUGAAAUUAUUGUAUUAAAUUAAGGGAAAUUUUAUAAUUUAGAUUAUGGAGAAUGUAUUAUUUGUUCAUCUCCAAAUUCUAUUUUAAUAAAAUUAAACUAUUGUAAUCAUUAUUGUUGUGAUUCGUGUUUAAGUUUUUAUAUAACCAUAAAUAAUGAUAAUCGUAGAAAUUUGAUGUGUCCUUUUUCAAAUUGUAAAUAUGAGAUAAAUGACUAUUUGAUUUUUUAGUAUUUACAAUACAAUGAUAUUAAAUAGUGGAAUAAAUUUUAAUACAAUUAAUUUUGUUAUCAAAAAAAAUGUAAAUCUAAAUUUAUUUUGUAACCUUAUAACAAUUUAUAGUAAUUGAAUAUAUUUUCAUAUAAUAAUCUAAAUCAAUGUGGAAUAUGUAAAUAAUAAUUUUGUGGUAUUUGUUGGACAAAGCAUGUUGGAGCAUGUGAUUUUGAUAAGUUGUUUUAAAAAUACAUUAAAGAAUAAAAGCUUAUAUAAUGUCCCUAUUGUCAUUCAUUAUCAGAACCAAAUAAAUGUUCAGUAAGUGAUGAUCCUUGUAGAUAAUAUAAAGUAAAUUGGUAAUAAUGUUAUGUUUGUAAUCAUUUAUUUUGUUUGGAUUGCAAAGGACCUUUAGAAUUAUUUGAAUCAAUAUCAAACUAAGAAACACUGACAUGUAUACCUUGUAAAAAAAGAGAGAAAAAUUUGUUACAUAUAUUAUUCAGAGUUAUUAAAUAGCUAUCUUUUAAAAUGAUAUUUGUUUUAUUAUUUUACCUAUCUGUUUUGUUUAUAGUUGCAUUUUUAGCUUGUGGAUUCAUUAUAGUAUUAGGAAUAUAUAUUGCCUUACAUUAAUUAAUAUAAGUUUCAAAAUGGGUUUAUAAUUUUGUUAAAGAUCGAAUGAAUAGUUUUAAUAAUGGUAUUUUGAUAGCAUUUUCUCCAUUAAUAAUUAUAUUAAUGAUGGUGGCCAUAAUAGUAAUAUAUAUUUUUGGAUUUAUACCUCUAUUAAUAUAUAACAUUAAAUAAUAUUUUUAUUUAGAUGGUUGA